AUGUCGAUGAUAGAUAGACUUCGAAUGCGCAGAGCGUCAUUCUCCCCCAAUGGAUCAACGACAGUUUCAACCUCGUCUUCGGGUGCUUCAACACCUUCAUCAUAUUUCGGGAACAAGCUGACUAUGCCAUACGAGACUCCAGAUAGUAGUGGGAUAAAUUGGUUGUUCGCUUUACCUGAUGAAUUGCUUGAAAGGGUCAUGGUGGGAUUAGAUCGAGUGACGCUGAGUAGAUGCUUUAGGGUAUGCACACGUUUGAAUGAUCUUCUAAAUACAUCAAUUCCAAUAUCAUUACAUUACACAUUAUUAUGUUCUUCAUUACGAUUAAAUCCAAAUUCAAUCAAACCGUCGAGGGAUAACCCAAAUCAUAUUCCACCUUCAAAAGCUCUAUUGUUGUCCACUCUAAGAGAAAGGUUAACCAGAUUCAGGAAUUUUCAACCCAAACCUUCUGCUAGUCACCAGAAUCAAAUCAAGUUCCAAGAAUCAGAAGGUAGAUUAUAUGAAUAUUUAGAAGGUGUUUUAUUGAGAAAUGUACCUCCUUUUGAAGGGAGUAGGGAAAUCGGAAAACAAGUUGCUGUUUAUGAAUUAUCAAAAAGAGAUGAUUGGGAAGAUCUACCCUCUACAUCUACUAACAAUGCCGACCGAUCUUCAUUUGAUAAUGAUAAACAGGAGGGGGAUCUCUCAUCAGAUCAAAUGGAAGAGAAGCGGAAAAAAAAGGAUGAUGAAGGGGAGGAAGAAGAAGAAAUAAUCGUUGGUGAAAGGGAAGAUGAACUGAUUAACGAUAUAAGAAGAACAAAUCAAUUCGAUUUUGAUAUGCAAGAUUUCGCUGUUGAUCCAGGACAAGAUUUAUUUGUAGUAGCUGAAACUAGGCAUACAUCCCCCCGAAAUUCCACUCUCCAUAUACACUUACUCACACUUUCGACAUUCCAGCCUCACCCGUUGGCAGCUCAAUCGACCUUAGACUGGCCAGUAACGCUCCAUACGAGAGUAUCAGCUUUGGGCUUCCAAAUAUGUGAUGAUGGUUUAUAUGUCCUGAGGAAUAAUAGUAGUGGUUCUAAAGAUCAUCUGGUCGGUUGGCAAUGGACCACAGGGAGGAUGGCUUUGACAUUGAAAGCUCCAGCCGUAUCAACAUUCGAAUCAUUCAUCUUACUCACCCCAACAUCGUUCUUGAUUCCAUCCGUUCAUACAAGACUAAGACCCGAUUCAUUGAUACAAGAUGAUUUAGCAGAUGCAAGAGAUCUAAUAUUCACACACCAUUUACACAUAUAUGCUUUCCCACCUUUUUCUACAUCGCAGAUCAAAGAAGGAGAACCAUUACCACCAGCACAUUCACCAACACAUAUAGCAGUAAUUGAUUUACCUAAAUUCCUCAUUGAUUUAGACGAAGAUCUACCUCCACCUAGAAUGACGAUUCGAACUGAUCCACCACCACGAUCACAAUUCCCGUCUCAUCCAAAAGAGAAUCCUCAACAAUUCAUACCUGAUCCAGAAUCAGGUAUAAUCAUAAUGGAAUUUUACUGUCAACCCUUAAAUGCGAUUUUUGGUCAGAAUAAUCGACCUCAUUUCGUCUUGUUUUCAUUGAAAAAAACCUUCUUAGCUUAUUUACCUGCUCCGACAAGUCCUUUGCUAGUUCAAGCUUUCCCAAGACCUGCUCCCGUGAUCAAAUGGAAAUCCAUAGCGGACAAAGUAAGAUUCAUAGGUCCCGAUGAGCCUGAGCAGUCUUGGGUGUGUUAUGUCUACGGAUCACGAUAUGUUGUGCCGUACCAUCAUGAAGCAGAGUCGUCAACUACCAUUCGACUAUACGAUUUUGAUCCAUUACGUGUACGACAAGAACUAUACUCGAGACGAGAUAGCAAUUUCACAGCUUCGGCACCUCAGUCACCGAGAGGGAUAGUACAUCGAUUGAUGUUUGGAUUAUCAACGUCCACUUCGCCACCUACAUCCUCUGCAACUACACCGAACGAAGAUAUCAAAUUUGAUGGUGACAAGGAUGGUAUAUAUCUAAUCACAGAAGAGACUGUCCUGAAAAAGAAAAGUCCGCUAGAUCAGGAAGUCAGAUCUGGUAAAGAUUUACCUUUUAUAUACGCAGAAAAGAAAUUGAGAAAGGAAGUGGAAACGGUAGUCAUGGAUGGUGAGAGAUUGGUAGUCUUUGAUUACCGCGGUGAUGAGGAAGUGAUGGAGAUCAUGGACUUCUAA